AGAGAGCGAGUCUUGUGCACAAGUGUUGUGACCGGGGUGGACCGUUAUUGUCACAUUGUGCGGAGCCAAUACAACCGUCAGGGCAUUUUACGGGGAUAUAGGCGAAACACUGCAUCAUCAAGCCGACAUGGGGAAGGUGGAAGGUGGAAUGAAAUGCGUGAAAUACCUUUUGUUCGUGUUCAACUUCAUAUUCUGGUUGAUGGGAUCCUUUGUUCUGGCAGUGGGGCUGUGGCUGCGUUUUGACCCAGAAACUGUGGCUCUGCUCAAUGGCGAUAAGGCUCCAGACACCUUCUUCAUUGGUGUGUAUAUACUGAUUGGUGCUGGUAGCCUGGUGAUGUUGGUUGGUUUCUUCGGCUGCUGCGGAGCUGUGCGGGAAUCUCAGUGCCUGCUGGGUUCAUUCUUUGCCUGUUUGUUGAUCAUCUUUGGAGCUGAGGUGGCAGCAGGAGUGUUUGGAUUCUUAAACAAAGACAAGAUAAUUGAAGACGUUCAGAACUUCUACGCAACAACUUACAAUGAAAACAAUAACAGCACUUUGAUCAUCUCAUACCAGAAAGUACUGAACUGUUGUGGAACCUCAGCAAACCCCUGCCCUGAUCCCCAACCAGAUACCAAGGACUGUGAGACAGGCAUCAAGGAAUUCUUUAACAGUAAACUCUACAUCAUCGGGUAUGUGGGCAUCGGCAUCGCUGGAGUCAUGAUCAUUGGGAUGAUCUUCAGUAUGGUUCUCUGUUGUGCCAUUCGCAACAGCAGGGAGGUCAUCUAAGCUGGAUCCAACCCUCCUUCACCCACCCCUGAGAGACUGUACAGCCUUCAGAUCAAAUGUCAACCCCUGUCAAUCUUCCACCCAGGGACCCAGGAAAUUGACACUGUUCUAAAAAUUCCAUUCCAGCGUGGUGGUCAACCCAAUUCUCCUGGCCUGGUCUUCCAUUUUCUCUGAAAUUGUCUUUAUUUAUUUGCCAUCACAAGCCAAGUAGCAGACUCUACCUUCCAUAACAGUCUGCUUAUUACCUACACCAUUCACAUAUCCAGUGGGAGCAGUAUAGUUUCUGAUGUUGCCCUGACAAUCUGUCAGAUUGUUUUUCCUCAUGGCCAUUUGGCUGCCACUACAAAUUUUAACACACAUACUGUCGCAGAAGUGUCAGUGCUUUUUUACACAGCAGUGACACUGAGCCCACAGCUGUGGGAAACUUAUGCCCGAGAGAGCAAUCUGAGGUGAAAGCAGCUGAGUUUGCUUAUGUGUGCACACAGAAAUCAAGACACACACGGAUGAGCACAUACACAUAAAUACAGCAAUGUUGUGUUACGUGAGACCAGAGCCGGAAAAAAGGUUGUUUGGCAUCUCAUAGGGAGUCCUGAUUGGUGGAAUCGGAGUGGAGUGUCGAGAGAGGGAAUGGCCAGUGAAUGUGCUGAGAAUGCAUCCAUCGUGCAGCCAAAGGGGUCUUACUCCGACACAUACAGCAUACACACACUCUGUGAACUGUGCUAUCAACACAGGUUGGUCUUUGCAAGGAAAAUCCACAGUUAUCUUACAGGAAUAGUUCAAUAUUUUGGGGAAUACUCUCAUUCAAUUUCUUGCCGCCAGACAGAAGAUUGAAAGCACUUUCAUGUCUGUAUAGUAAAUAUUAGCUCAGCACAAAGAUUGGAAACAGGGGAAAUAGCUAGCCUGGCUCUGUGUGGAUCUUUUUAGGCAGAUUUUCUUACCUUUGGACAGAGCCAAACUAUCUGUUUCCCCCUGUGUCUAGUUUUUAUUCGAAGCUGACGAGAUGACGGCCGUAGCCUUAUAUUUGCCAUACAAACAUGAAAGUGCUAUCAAUCUUCUCUUCUAACUCUUUGGCAAGGAAGCAUAUUUCCCAAAAUAUCAAACUAUUCCUUUAAAUGAACACACCACUGGGUUUGCCUGUUUUUCUCCAUUUACUACAAAUCAUACACACUUGACAAUAAAAGAUAACAAUUUUGAAAACAAUACUGGUAUGUUUAAGAAAUGUUGACUAUGGUGGAUUAAACAACUCAAGCAAGUUUCAAGAGUCCUCUAUUGUGCAGAAAUUAAUGGAAUAACUGCGUGUAGUGGUAGGAAAAGCACUGUACAUCAAAACAUUUAAAAUGUUAAGUAUACAUGAUUUGCAUAAGAAAGAUGAUUUUAAAAACAACCAAACGCCUGCUUAGUUAAAACCAAAUUCUGUUUUCAUCCCAAAGGAAAAGCCCCUCAUCUGUUUGGUGGUGCAACGCGGUAACAUAAAUACCACUUCCUACCCCUGAUAAUAUAUAUGCUCUCUUACUUAAGAGAGUACCCCUUGAACUUCUGUUGACUAUAUGUCAAGACCCAGAUCAUGUGGACAUGUCUUCAGGCUAAACACAUACUGAAAACAGGCACUGUGACAGCGAAAUUAUGUUAUUCGAGUCAGGCAUUUGAUCUCUUCCCACUUCCAUCUUGUUCCCCAUGUGUGCCUUAAACGUACACCACCCACAACAACAACAAAAAAAAGUUUAUUAACCUCAGCAGAUAGGAUUGGGUGAAAAGAAAUACCCCACCUGAAAUCACUUCCAUUUGCCCAAGUUAAAUCAGGCCACUGCGUGAAGAAUGAAUAUGAAGGGUUUAUUCCCGGUGUCAGGACUCCAGUAUGUAAAUAUGUUUGGGUAUUAGUUUUUUAUUUUUUAUUUUUUUUUGUAGCUGUACAUUAUUUCUGGCUGAUGUGAUAGUUACUAUUUAACAUUCUGUGUGUAGACAGAGGCUUGCAGUAGUUUUACAGUGUUGUAGUAAUGACAGUGUAGUCAAGGCAGAUCCACACAGCCAAAACAGUUUCUUAACGUGCCUUUCUUUGAUAACAACUCUAUUUUUGAACAACAGGCUGUCUGAACAUAGCAAAACUGUACAUACGUUUGUAGAGUUGGACUGCAAUUAACUGUCAUAUACAUUGGACGAGUAGCACAUAUGGCUCGACUGUGUCCUCUCAGCCAAGAGAGCUGGUGAAAGCAACAGUUUCUCUUCCAACUAUUUCAAAAGCCUCUUGGUACUAAUAAAAUGUAUUCUGAGGACUCAAAACAAUAAUCUUAAUGUUGACGAAGUCCAGAUGAUCAAACUAUAUGGGACGCAAGCACUUGUAUAUAUUACUCCUGCUCCAGUGUGGCGUUACGUACGUGAGGAGACAACGAAGGCUGCUUACCACUUCAGGCUGUAGGGAUGCCAGUCGGCAGUGUUUACUGUGAGAUGACACAACAGAGUCACUAGUACGUCACUUCAGAGGCUCUGAGGAGUUAAAGUAUGAUGAACUAGGAACAGUUUAGUGCUACUCAAUCCACAAUACUGUCGGUGUGUUCCACGGUUAUACUUGUUUGAGCAAAUCUGGAGAUGUAUUGUACCGUCGAGCCUUUCAUAGUUGAUUGUGUGUUAAUUUAUUUUAAUACCAUUCCAGGCUUCUCAGGAAGAUAGGUGAUUGAAGUUUAAUAAAGCUUUUUAAGUUUCACAG